GUCUGUAACGCUACAAUCAUGAAGUAUUGACUGGCCCGCGCUGUCAGUUCAACAGCAGUCACGUGACCACACUUACACUAAUUCUCAUUCGCCACACCACACGCCGCGCCGCACGCCCCCCGCUCGGCACCCAAAUCAACCAAAUCCGCCGGCUAGGCGGAACUGCACAGACAGGGCACUGCAGGACACUGCCCCGUGCAACAGAGCACGCACCCGCCAAGGGAAACCCCGAAGGGGGAAACAAUGCGAUCGAUCACCUCGUCGACCACUGACUUGAGUGUUCAGGGGCCGUAGUCUAGAUCUCCAAGCAGUCAUUGCCCUGCAACGUGCACACUCGUUCACUCCUUCGUGCCCCAGCAGCACCUGCCGAUAGACCUCUAAACGUUGCGCGUGGUUCCCUUCUUCCUCUCACCCGUACCGUAAGACAAUCCACCCUCUUGCCUCGAACACGGCAGCAACAGCAGCAACGAUGGUGUUAGACAGAACUGCACCGAAAGUGCGCGCCAUCUGCUGCAUUGGCGCCGGAUACGUCGGUGGGCCGACAUGUUCAGUCAUCGCGCAGCGCUGCCCGCACAUCAAGGUCACCAUCGUCGACGUCAACCCAGUCCGCAUCGCCGCGUGGAACUCGGACACGCUGCCCGUCUUUGAACCAGGGCUGGACGAGGUAGUCAAGGAGUGCAGGGGGCGUAACCUCUUCUUCUCCACGGACAUUGACGAUGCCAUCCGUGAAGCGGACCUCAUCUUUGUCAGCGUCAACACCCCCACCAAGAAAUCCGGUGUCGGCGCAGGCUAUGCCGCAGACUUGCACUACGUAGAGGCUUCAACGCGACGCAUCGCCUCCGUAUCCGAUGCGCCCAAGAUUAUCGUGGAAAAGUCGACCGUGCCGUGCCGCACCGCGUCGUCGAUGCGCGUUAUCCUCGAAGCUAACUCGCGUCCAGGUCUGCGCUUCGACAUUCUGUCCAACCCAGAAUUCCUCGCGGAGGGAACAGCGAUCAGGGACCUGAGCGCACCGGACCGAGUCUUGAUCGGCAGCCUCAGCACCCCAGAGGGUAAGGCCGCCGCGCGCGCCCUCGCAGCUGUGUACGAGAACUGGGUUCCACCAGAGAAGAUCUUCACCACUGGCCUGUGGUCCUCGGAGCUGAGCAAACUGGCAGCGAAUGCACUACUGGCGCAGCGCAUCUCCUCCAUCAACGCCAUGGCGGCCAUCUGCGAAGCGACGGGUGCAGACGUCGACGAGGUCGCGCACGCAUGCGGCCUCGACGCGCGCAUCGGCCCGAAGUUCCUUAAGGCGUCCGUCGGCUUUGGCGGCAGCUGCUUCCAGAAGGACAUUCUGAAUCUGGUCUAUCUUUCGGACAGCCUGGGUCUGCCGCAGGUGGCCGCGUACUGGAAGCAGGUGAUCACUAUGAAUGAGUACUCGAAAGCGCGCUUUGCACAAAAAGUCGUACAAACGCUCUUCAGCACGAUCACGAACAAGAAGAUCGCCGUGCUCGGCUUUGCGUUCAAGAAAGACACUGGCGAUACGCGCGAGACGGCUGCGAUUUCGCUCUGCAAGGACUUCCGCUCAGAGAAUGCGCUCGUGUCGAUCUACGAUCCCAAAGUGCCCGAGGCGCAGAUCUGGCUCGACCUUACCGAACCUGGCGUCGUGGACGACGGGCAGAAAGUUAAGCAGCAAGUGACGAUCGCGGCGUCUGCGAUCGAAGCUUGCAAGGAUGCCGAGGCGGUUGUCAUCGCAACCGAGUGGGACGAGUUUAGGACACUGGACUGGGCAACGGUGUACAAGAGCAUGAAGAAGCCUGCGUUCGUGUUCGACGGCCGAAGCAUCGUCGAUGCCGCUGCGUUGCGCAAGAUCGGUUUCCAGGUGCACAGCGUCGGUAAGGGCCCAGAGAUCCAAGAUCCCGUCUGGGCUUAGACACUUUCUUGCUCGAAUGCAUGAAUCACAUGCUUUUUCAAGGAUGCUUUGCGCAAGGAGAUAAAUAGUUCGGCUGCCCUUCCGUCCGCCGGUAGACCCAGCAGGAGACGCAUGCAUCGAGCUAUCUCUCUCGUUCCCUCCUCGCAUCAACCGUCGCAAGCAUGUGCGCGGCGCAGGACAAGGGACGGCAGGUGCGGCGCAUAAAGGCCGCUGCCGGUGUGGAAAAGUGAAAUGAUCGUGUCUUCACCAUGGAGUAAUUAUGUAGAUGAUUUAAAUGACCCGGUCUUCUAGAUGCUGGG